AUGACAUACAAUGAAAAUUCCAAAUUUGAAAUUUGGAACUGUAGUUCUGUUUCAAAUGAAAUUAUAGAUUGUUUAAACGACAUGGAUGAAAACAAUAUCAAAAGUAACAUUCUUGACAAACGAAUUGUUUUCUCCAAAGCCAAAGUUGAGUCCAAUCAAUCAAUGUGUGGGAGAAUAGACGAAAGAGUUGCUAAAAUAGCAAUAACCGCACAAAACAGUUUGAAUAAGAACGAGGCAAAAGACACUUCAAAAGAUGCUUUUAAAAACAAUGGGCGUCAAAUUUUACAGAGUGAUGUCGACGAAAUGUUUUUAAAAAGUGUUGCACCACUCAUUUCCAUUGGAGUAUCAAAUGAGGCCAAAUUUGAUAGAGAGUUUAUCAGAUUAAGACGAUUUGUGUUUGGGAUGUGUAAGAAGAAUUUCCCGAAAAUUUACGGACAGAAGGAGAUGAAGGAAUGCAAUGAAUUUGAAUACGGAAGUUGGAAUUGUGUCGACGAAUUUGUAUUUGAAAUUGUGAUGAGAGUUAUGGAAACGAAAGAGACGUGGAACGCCGUGAAAGACACUUUUGAUAUUUCCAUUAAAAUGUAUUCAGAUUUACUGACAAAUGCAAGUAAAAUUAUUAAAACCAAAUUUAAUAAUUUUAAAGUCAUUCCAAACCAAAGAGGAAAGUUCAAAGCAGUUGGUGAAGUGUAUGAGGACUUGGGAGUACCUGAAGAAUUUGGGUCGAUCGAUUUUGUGAAUUUUGGCGUUGACACAAAAGAGGUUUUACUGGACAAAGAAUGCACUUUCGAUGUUGGAAAAACACAAAGCGUCAACGACUAUUCUGUAAAAAUUGAUGCGUUAAUUAAUGGGAGAAGUAUGAGUGAUAAAAAUGUGUUUGUAGUAGUUAACAAAGUUGUUUUAAUGAGACCAAAGAACGACGAACUCUACACAAAUAAAAUUAGAAGUGUCAACCAAAUUGCACAGAAAUUGAGAGGUAACUGCCAACUAACAAAAAUUGAUGUUCUUGACACUAAAUUGUGGGAAAAUGCUACAACUAAAUAUAUUGAGAACAUUUGUACUAAUCUUGGGAAUGGUUUUAAUAUGAGAACGUUUGAUGCAAAACUUGGGCCAAUGAGAAACGAAGACGAAAAGUUUGACUUGUUGAAAGAUGUUUUAAAGCUUUCAUAUAAAACAAGAAAUGCACAAGGAAUUAACUUGAAUGGAGACUCAAUGACUUUAACACAACUCUCUUAUGUUGAUGACGAAAAAGCCGAAACUUUUGUUGUUUUCCAAGACAAGAUGUGUUUGCUUGAUGUCAACAAAUCGUGUUGUUACAAAUCAGAGAAACAAAAUAUAUUAGACAAACGCGUCUUUUUCGAUGAACUUCUGACAGAGAAUAAAGUGAAAGUAAUGUCAAAGAAAUGUAUUUGUGGGAAAAUAGACGAGAUGAUAAUGGCAUUUUAUUCCAGAAAUUUAGAGUCGUGUAAAACGGAUGAAAAACUGAAAAAAAUUUUGACAUUAAUUUUCAGCACAGAAGAAUUCCAAAGUGAAGAUAUGUUUACAAAGUCGUUUAAUAUGAAAAGAGAAAUUGUUUUCAAUGUAAUUCAAAACGAUGAAAUGCGAGAGAUGAUGUUCCAGUUCACAACACUAAGUGAACAAAACGAACUCGAUGCACAAACUGUAUUUGACAGAAUGAACAAUUACAAAGAUCUUCAACAUACUAUUGACAUUUUGAACGCAAAGUUAGAAAAAGCAAAUGAAAACUUAAAACAACACAAAGAAAACAAUGAAAACGGUAUUGAUUUUAACCAAGUUCAUAUAUUACAGAAUCGUAUAAAUCAACUUGAAAAAACCAUUGCAUCACAAAAGAACGAAUUUGAUGAGAAAAUAAAAAGAAUGGAAGAAAUCAAUGAAGAGAAAGAUAGACAAAUUCAACAAUUGAUCGAACAAUUGUCUAAAUUGUCUAAGUAA